ACAAACGCGAAAUGGCUGUUCCAAUAAACGUUUCUGUACAAGCCGAGGUAUUUUCCAUCUUGAUAUUCUCGAUGACGUGAUGCGUCAUCUGUGACCGGACGUAGCCAUGGUAAUAUUGCGUUUGUAUGGCCAGCAUGUUGUGUAAGGCCCUUCCACAGGGCGUUGCUUACUCCACACUCAACCCAGUAUAACAUCUGACAAGGUGCUUCCAAUCUUGCAAAUCAUCUUCGUUUCCAGGCUUCUCCUGAGGUGUACCCUAGUCUGCAAUGUCGACGCUCAAAGAACAGCUGCCAUGGACGUCGUCGCCGCUAAUCAUGAACGCGCCUAUGGCGGGGUUCGCAGGUGGUAAACUCGCGUCGGCUGUAACGCUCGCGGGUGGCCUUGGUAUGAUCGGAGGUCUGUUCAACAUGGAAGACGUCAAGAAAGAGCUGCGUACUGCCGCAGAAGCCUUCAAAGCCAAGCCUGACCUCUCGACAUCGCGUACCCUUCCAGUUGGUCUCGGCUUCCUCCCUUUCGUGCUAAAGCUGCAUGACAUUCUCCCAGUAAUCGAAGAAUUCAAGCCUGCCGUGGUCUGGCUAUUCGUUCCGAAAUCAUUAGACGACUUCGCGGAAUGGGUGUCGGCGAUACGCAAAGUCUCACCGGAGAGCAAGAUCUGGAUUCAACUCGGUAGUGUGACAGCAGCUCUUCACGUCGCGAAGAUCGCGCAGCCGGACGUUCUGUGUCUCCAAGGUGCGGAUGCUGGGGGUCAUGGCUUUGAGAAGGGUGCAAGUAUCGUUUCACUGUUACCAGAGGCGUCGGAUGCACUUGCCGCGGGAGGCUUCUCACGUGUGCCCAUCAUAGCAUCAGGCGGUAUCGCUGACGGGCGCGGCGUUGCUGCCGCACUCACACUGGGUGCUGAGGGCGUAGUGAUGGGGACGCGUUUUCUGGCUUCGGAAGAGGUGAACGUACAUCCCGUGUACCAAGCUGCAGUCCUGGAAGCACAAGAUGGCGGUCAAGUGACGACGCGUUCGAAGCUGUUCGAUCAGCUGCGCGGCCCCAACAUAUGGCCAGAGCUGUAUGAUGGACGCGGCUUGGUAGCCCAGAGUCAUCGGGAUUUUGCGAGUGGCAUGAGCCUAGAAGAGAUACAAAAGUUGCACAACGAGGCUGUUACAGGCGAAGACAAAGGAUACAAGACGGGCUUGCAAGGGCGCGCGGCGAUUUGGGCUGGCACUGGUGUGGGUUUGGUCAAGGAAGUGCAAAGUGCGGGAGAGAUUGUGCGGAAGGUGCGACAAGAAGCGAGAGAUAUUUUGGCCAGGGUGGCAAAGCUGUAGUAGGAAGGAGUGGUGGUGUGUGCGGAAAACUACUCCAUCACGGCAUAUAUUCAUUCUAAUUUGCUUAUUCAGCAUACAACAUCGGCUGGAUGGUGUAGUUAGUUAUCACGUUCGCCUCACAUUCAGAGUGACCAACGCGACGGGACAUAGUAACCGUCCUGCAUUCUAGCCUUAACGACUACUGAAAACUCAUACCCAGAAUCCACGGCC